GGUGUGGGGUUACAUGCUGGAUAGACUGAAAUUCAGGUUUAUCAGCGUGUUAGCGACUGAACAUUGCCCAGGGUGUGAUCACUUACUGUUAGGGCCCAUAAAAUUCAGAUGCUCGGAUUCGCUGAAACCAGAGGCAGGAGUCCAGCGGCAGAUGCACAUUCCAAAAAACAAGAUAACAGAGAUGCCGCGCGUUUCACAAGCCCGUGUGAAAACUUCUGGCUUAGAGCAAUGGUUGAUCCACGCAACAGCAAAAAUACUAAUCAGUGGGAACAUUGAAGACCGGACCAGCGCAGCAAAAUCUGACCCCAACUGUCCUCGACAUGGCUGAACGGGCGGGCAGGGGAGGAGUUCCAGUGACGUCAACAUCAGGAAAGGUCACAGGUAUGUCCUUCACAGGUCCGAGCUCAGUGAUCACCGAGCUCCUGGCAGGCUGCAACGACUCCCAGCUGCUGCAGCUGACGGAUUUCUACCGGGACAGGCUGGAGAAGGCGAUGGAAAGAGGAGUGUACGGAGUGAGCCUGGCGUUAAAGGAUGAGAAUCAGUUCAGCGGAGAGGAACAUCGUGUGAGUUUGGGUUUGAAUUUUCACACAUCAGAGGACUGAUGGCUGUCGGAUCUCUGACUCAUUGGAUAUUAAAUUAGAUAAAAGAACAACUGGGAAAUAAAUACUGUACAUACAACCACAGAAAUGUGAAUCUGAACCAGUGAUAGAAAGAGUUGAGAAGACCCCGCGAACUGAUGAGUGGCUGCUCAGUGUUCAGAGUGAGUUGAGCAAGUAACAGUUCUGUAGGCUCACAGUAUAAAAUGGAAAUAUGACAGGAGGUUUCGGUUUGGGAAGGCUGUACAGUGUGACGGCGGGAUGUCAGUGAGAACCGGGACAUCAUCAAUGGGUGCCACAGGAGUUCGAGUGUGUUCUGUUCUGGGCGGAGAUGAUUGUGUUACAAUCUGCAGCAGCAAAACGUAACGUGUGCAUGGGGGAAUACUGCCAUGUUGUAACGUGUAAUCACUGAAUACACCUCCACUGGAAAAGGCAAUGGAAAGGCAUCAGGUGUCAGCUGGCAAUCCGCUGUCAUGUUUGACACUGGCGGACAGAGCAAAUGAAUCACAUCAUUUUUUCUGCAACUUCUCUGAGAAUGUUUACUCUGCUAUAAAAAAAAAACCCUCCUGACUUCUUUCUUCCUCUGUGAUCUUUAUUUUCCGAUUUUUUUUUUUACACCGUCAACCCUGAUGAGGAAUUAUUUAUGGGAUUGAAGUUACUUCAAUGAAGCCGUCACAGACCAGCCAGGAUCUCAUUGACUGGUAAAGCAGCUUCACGGUGCAUGUUCCUCCGUGUGCUCUGAACUCACAAUGUACAGUCCAUGUCCAGACAAGGUCUGUACCCGUCCGGGUGACUGCUCAGUAUGAUCCCGUUACAGCGCACAUCAUUUACUUCUCAUUAUCUGUGUGAAUCUGUCGUUCCCUAUAUGUUCACCGUUACUCUUCACAGACAAUCUCUGAUCUCGCUGAUAAUGGAAAGAGGGCGGACAGUUCUAAACUCCUCCUGAGCCUGGUGAUGGAGAAAGGCUCCCGCGCCCGGAGGGCGAUGUGGUAAAACUUCGUGAAAAUGCGCAAUGUCGUCCCAAAGUUGGACAAAAUACUGAAAGAAAUUCAGGAACAUGGUUGUGUUCCGAUCCAUCGACCCGUCCCGGAGAUUCCCUGUGAGCUGAAAGAUCCGAGCUCAGUGAUCGCCGAACUCCUGGCGAGCUGGAAUGAUUCCCAGCUGCUGCAGCUGACGGAUUUCUACCUGGACAGGCUGGAGCAGGCGAUAGAAAGAGGGGUGCACGGAGUGAGCCUGGCGUUAACAGCUGAGAAUCAGUUCAGUGGAGCGGAACAUCAGACAAUCUCUGAUCUCGCUGAUAAUGGAAAGAGGGCGGACAGUUCUAAACUCCUCCUGAACCUGGUGAUGGAGAAAGGCUCCCGCGCCCAGAGGGUGAUGUGGGAAACCUUUGUGAAAAUGCGCAAUGUCGUCCCAAAGUUGGACAAAAUUAUGAAGGAAAUUCAGGAACAUGGUUGUGUUCCGAUAUAUCGACCCAUCCCGGAGAUUCCCAGUGAGCUGAAUGAUCCGAGCUUAGUGAUCACCGACCUCCUGGCAGGCUGGAACGACUCCCAGCUGCUGCAUUUGACGGAAUUCUACCGGGACAGGCUGGAGCAGGCGAUGGAAAGAGGGGUGCACGGAGUGAGUCUGGCGUUAACGGCCGAGAAUCAGUUCAGCGGAGAGGAACAUCGGAAAAUCUCAGAUCUUGCUGACCAGGGAGAGCGGGCGAACAGUUCUAAACUGCUCCUGAGCCUGGUGAUGGAGAAAGGCUCCCGCGCCCGGAGGGUGAUGUGGGAAACCUUUGUGAAAAUGCGGAAUGGUGUCCCAAAGCUGGACAAAAUAUUGAAGGAAAUACAGAUAUAUGGUUCUCAUCCCUCCUAUCGAUCAAAUCCUGCUCAAGGUUUACUCAAGAUUCUCAGUGAGCUGAAAGAUGUUCAACAGAAACACAAGGAGACUCUGCGGACACAAACUGAGACACUGAGAGUGAACACGAUCCUGAUGAGGGAGAAGGUGAAGGUUUUCCAGCUGGUUGAUCGAUACGCUGAGCUCACGGUCAUUUCUACUGUCCGAGAUCGGAGACUGGUGGAACAUGAGCUGCUGGCGAGAGGCAGAGACCACGAGGAGUGGAGAGAAAAACAUCUCCGCAGAGAGCUGGAAAAACUCCGGACUGAUCAGUUCUUCCAGAGCAGCUUUUCCUGGAGUAAAUCCAAAUCUGGGAGUUCGGCAGCAGUGGCCGGAGUCCCGGGGAUCGGGAAAACAACAAUGGUACAAAAGAUUAUUUAUGACUGGGCCACGGGGAAAAUAUAUCAAAAGUUCCAUUUUGUCUUCAGUUUCCAAUUCCGGAAUUUAAACUCCAUUAACUGCAGAAUAAACCUGAAGGAACUGAUUCUGGAUCAGUAUCCAUACUUUCAGAAUAUCCUGAGAGAGGUUUGGAAGAACCCAGAGGGAUUGCUGUUUAUAUUCGAUGGUUUGGAUGAAUUCAAUGACAAAAUUAAUUUUGCUCACUGUCGGAGAGACUCAGAACCUCAGUCCACAUGCACAGAUCCUGAAUUCAAGUGCAAGGUGUCUGACAUUGUGUACAGUUUAAUCCAGCACAAGCUGCUCCCAGGGUGUUCAGUGCUGGUGACCACCCGUCCCACUGCGUUACAUUUAUUGGAAAAGGCAGAUAUCGGUAUCUGGGCUGAAAUCUUGGGAUUUGUUAGUGAGGAACGAAAAGAAUAUUUCUUCAGGCACUUUGAAGAUCAGACGGUGGCAGCAGCUGUUUUCAAAUACGUGGAGGAGAACGAGAUCCUGUACACCAUGAGCUACAACCCCUCCUACUGCUGGAUCCUCGCGCUGGCACUGGGCCCCUUCUUCACACAAAGAGUCAGGGACCCGCAGCGAGUUCCCAAGACCAUAACCCAACUGUACUCCUACUAUAUUUACAACAUCCUGAAAAACCACGGCCGUGAGAUUGAGAACCCCCGUGAUGUGUUACUGAGGGUUGGUCAGAUGGCCUUCAGAGGAGUUUUCGAUAAGAAGAUUGUGUUUACAGAUGGAGAUUUGAUCAACUACAAUCUGCAGCAUUCCCAAUUCCUGUCCGGCUUCCUGAUGGAGCUUUUGGAAAGAGACGAUUCGGCCCGCAGCGUGGUGUACACAUUCCCACACCUCACCAUCCAAGAGUUUGUUGCUGCAGUCGCACUAUUUCUGAAUCCACAUCCCGGGAAUAUCCUGAAAUCCCUCACUGAAGCCCACAACACGACAGAUGGGCGAUUUGAUGUUUAUCUCCGUUUUGUUGCUGGUCUGUCCUCCCCAAUGACAGCUCGGGGCCUGGAGGAGUUUCUGGGUCCAUUUCCUCAUGAAACAACCUGCCGGGUGAUUGACUGGGUGAAGGAGCAGGUUAAACGCCAGUGUGGAAACACAGAGAGUGCAGCUGGUAAAAGGAGCCUCCUGAACACAUUGCACUACUUAUUUGAGUCUCAGAAUAGCGGGCUGGCUCAGGCCGCACUGGGAUCUGUGGAAACACUUUCAUUCUGUGGUAUGACGCUGACCCCGAUUGACUGCGCUGUCCUGUCUCAUGCCAUCGGACUCUGUGAUACAAUAAAACACCUCGCCCUAGGGAACUGCCAGAUUCAGUGUGAAGGAAUCCAGCGGCUGGGACCCGGGCUGCACAAAUGCCAAAAGUUGAGACUUGGGGGGAAUGACCUGGGAGAUUCAGGAGUGAAACUGGUGUUUGCGGCUCUGAGGAACCCCGAGUGUAAAAUACAGAAACUGCAGCUGGAGAGAGUUGGUCUCACAGAUUCUGGUGUCGAGGAUCUCGCCUCCGCUGUCAGUACAAACCGAUCACUGACGGAGCUGAGCCUGGGAUCAAACACACUCACAGACGUAUCCGUCCCCGCUCUCCACCGCCUCAUAAUGACCCUCCCGAGUCUGGAGUGGAUCCAGCUGACGGGGAAUCGGUUCAGUGAGACCGGGAAAAAGGAACUGAGAUCUCUGCAGGAAUCCAGACCCGGAUUGUCAGCGAGUCAGUGAGUGUAUGAACAGUUGAAUGUGUGAAUAUCUCCGCCCGAGGGAUGGGGACAUUUUGGUCGAUUCCUCGCCCUCCCCUUAAACCAACGCUCUCCAGGUUUAAUUCCGAACCGUUCUAACGGAACUGGCUCCGGUCUAACGCUCUGUGACCAUGUCGCGGUGACGUUAUUUCACCACACUUUCAGCAGCGCUGCUACCGCUGGGUGACAGGAUUCUGGAGCUCCUCCAAGUGGAUCACGUGGGAUUACACAGGCAAAGAGAACCCGGGGGCUGGGGCUCAGUCUUCGACACCCAUGGCCUGGGGUGGGAUUAUCGGGGGAGAGAAUCAUUUUUCUCCCUUUGCUGCGGAUGGUGCAUUCGGUAGACUGGCUGAUAUAAUAAUGUUAGACAGGGAAACACCUUGGUAGAGACGCUGGAUCUGCAGUUACUUAACACAUGGCCCUGAAGUGUGAUUUUAUAAUCAUCGGUUCCCCGAUGCAGUGUGACGGUGAGAAACUGGACUGAUUAUUCAAAUUGUCUCGCUUUGUCACUGAUCAGUUAAUUGUGUGUGACUCCGAGUGAAUCGGGAGUAGUUUAUUUAUUUGUUUAUUCAUACACGCCAUCAGCUCACAAAUUGUCUAAUUUAAUUUAUAUUUUGUCAUAAUUAAAAUUAAUAAACCUCUUUAAC